AUUACAUGGCAAUGGUCUGCUGCAUCUGAAGCAGGAACUGGCGAGUUUGGGUGUUUCUCGAAUUGAUCAAAUUUUAACUGCCGACGUCUCCUCAUUGUUCAAAUCGUGUAACUUUUGUACGAGUGAUGAAGAGAAGCUGAGGAAAAUGCAAAACAGAUUAAGGGUCGACGAGGAAGCCCCAAUGCAUUGGGAUCUCGAUCUAGCAGAAGUCGCAAGUAGGUCUCAAGUUGCAGACAAAAUUCUUCGUUUUGCUUCUUUGAUGGACACGAGCGAUGUUCCCACUGAUGUUAUUCGUGCAGCUGUAUUGUGCGAUGGAGAGUCAAGGUUUGGAGAACAUGAGUUUGAAAGCUCUUUGUAUUUGUUGUCACACGAUUUUUCUCUGCUCACAUUCAAUGACGAGGAACAGACGUGUGACAUUCAUGCGCUCGUUCAGCGGUCUGUUAUAGGCCACGCGAAGAGAAGAAACAAAUUACUAUCUUCUCUCGUUUGCUUGUCAAAGUGUAUUCAAGACACGUUACCAGAUUCCGCUUUAUCCAUACAACACAAUCUCAACAACAGCAAGUUGAUUGCGUUGACUCCACACGUUUACAGAGUUUGCGAUCACAUCUUGAAGUUGAAAUGUAUAAAGGAAGAAUGUCUAACGCUUUUGAAGUUUUCCUGUUGGUUGGCAACAUGUCUCUACGACAUUACAACAGCCAAGCAUUUAGCAGAGGGGCGGUUGCAAAUUUGUCGUCAAAUCGGGACUCUCACUAUAGAAGAAGCCUUUGAGUUGAGCCAAAGUCUGAUUUCUGUUGGUGAUGCUUACAAUCUAAUGAGUAGACCUGACUCAGCGAAGCCAUACUUUGAAGAAGCCGUACAAGUAUUGGAAGCAUUUGGCUUCGACAAUUCUGAUGAAAUGUCAUAUAGUGUGGCUCUAGGCCGCUUAGGGUGUUGCUACAUGGGAAUGAAGAACUUGGAAGAUGCAGAGAGGCUGUUCAGGAAACAGAUUGAAUGGACACGAGAAUAUGCCGAUGGAGCAGCUGCUGCAGACAUUGCUUGUGCGCUACAUAACCUUGCUUUCACGUAUAAUGAAAGGGGGAAAUACGACGAGGCGAUAAAGUCAUACGAAGAGUCGCUCGUGUUGCAAAGGCAAUUGGAUGACUGGGAUAUAGAGGGAAUGUCUACGACUCUCAUGACUCUUGCUAUCUGCUACAGAGAGACCGGAAAACUUGAGAAAAGUUUGAGUUUUAUGGAGGAGGCAGUCACAAUCAGACGAUCAUACUACUCAUCUUCUCAUCCCUCCUUGGCACUUGCUAUACGUCAUCUUUCCUCUACGUACAAUUUACUUGACAGAAAAGAUGAAGCUAUGAAAUUGGCAAGAGAAGCGUUUGAUAUUGCAAGUGUAUCAUUACCAUCAUCACAUUGUGAUUUGGCGUUGUAUAUGAACAAAAUCGGUGAUUGUUUUGGAUCUCGAGAUGACUACAACGAAGCUAUUGUGUGGUAUGAGAAAUCUCAGCAAUUGCUGCAACAUCUACCUUCUUCGCUGACGCGAGACAACAUCCUUGCCACAACUCUCAUGACUCUUGGUAUCUGCUACAGAGAGACCAAAAAACUUAAGAAAAGUUUGAGUUUUAUGGAGGAGGCAGUCAUAAUCGGACGAUCAUGCUACUCAUUUUCUCAUCCCUCCUUGGCACUUGCUAUACGUCAUCUUUCCUCUACGUACGAUUUACUUGACAGAAAAGAUGAAGCUAUGAAAUUGGCAAGAGAAGCGUUUGAUAUUGCAAGUGUAUCAUUACCACCAUCACAUUGUCAUUUGGCGUCGUAUAUGAUCGGUAUCGGUGAUUGUUUUGUAUCUCGAAGUGACUACAACGAAGCUAUCGUGUGGUAUGAGAAAUCUCAGCAAUUGCUGCAACAACUACAUUCUUCGUCUACGCGAGACGACCUCCUUGCAACAACUCUUAUCAAUCUUGGUUAUUGCAUUGAACAAAGCGGAAACUUUGAAAAGAGUGCAAAUUUACUGGAGGAGGCAGUUACCCUCAGUCGGUCGUUCUGCUCACCCUCUCAUCCACAAUUGGCAUCUGGUCUCCGUUGCCUUGCGGAGAUGUACGACCUUCUGGACAGAAAAGAGGAAGCACUGCAACUCGCAAGCAAAGCGUAUGAGAUGGCAACCGAGUCGUUGCCGCCUUUACAUUCUGCUUUGCCGUAUUAUAUGAAUGCUGUGAGAAACUGCUAUCGAUCACAAGGAAACUACGAGGAAGCCAUAUCGUGGCACGACAAAGCUCGAAAAUUUCAUCUAAAACAAGAUUGCUCGCCUGAUCGAGAUGUCGACGUUGCUAGAAAUUUGUAUUUAUUGUCUCUCGACUAUGACGAGAAAGAAUGUUGGAAAGAAGCCAUAAAGAUGUGUCUGGAAGCCAUAGAAAUGGAAAGAAAGCGCAUCUUUCCAAAUCGUACCUUUAUUGCUAUUCGUAUGAUGCGAUUAGGUUCGUAUGAGAUCAAGACCGCAAGACUUGAAGAGUCUACGUCUCACUUGCAAACUGCCUUGUCGUUUUUGCAAGACAAUCUACCUACUAGUCAUUACACAGCAGAUUGUCACUUUUACCUUGCUACGUUAUUCCUUGCCAUGAAAGAAGCAUACCAAGCCAGUCUACAUGUAGAGAAAUGUGUUGAGAUACGAAAAAUGAUUUUUCCCGAUUGUCACAGAAAGAUAAGGGAAGCGGAGUGUCUAAAACAAGACAUUGGAGGGCUGAAAGAAAAUACAAGUGACUGACAUGAUACUCGUACUUUUUUGAUUGUGUGAUGCUGUUUGCUUGUGUUCUUGUUAAAAUUGAUGGGAUUAGUUGGCAUGCUGCAAGAGAACUCUAUGGAUGUUUUGGUAGAUUUUGAGAUUGCACCUUACCAUUAUUGUAGCCAACAGUUUAUAUACUUUAUCACUAUGUAGUUUUAGUAAGA